AUGUUCUAUUCAGAGACGCUUCUCUCAAAGACCGGGCCGCUGGCUCGCGUCUGGCUUUCCGCCAACUUGGAGCGCAAACUUUCCAAGUCACACAUUCUACAGUCAAAUAUCGAAAGCAGUGUCAAUGCCAUUGUUGAUCAAGGACAAGCACCCAUGGCUCUACGUCUGAGCGGUCAGCUUUUGCUUGGUGUCGUCCGAAUUUACAGUCGUAAAGCGCGUUAUCUAUUGGAUGAUUGCAACGAAGCGUUGAUGAAGAUCAAGAUGGCAUUCCGACUCACUAACAACAACGACUUGCCCGCCAAUGUGGCUUUACCCCCCGGCGGUAUUACUCUUCCCGAUGUGCUUACAGAAUCCGACUUGUUUAUGAAUCUCGACACUUCUUCCCUUCUAUUGCCCUCUAUCAAUUUGGAAUCCAACAGCAAGCGCCCUGGCGCCAUCGACUUUGGUAGCCAAUUGUUACCUGACACACAACGCCUCGCAUCUCAAGAGCCAGCUCGUUUGGAGGACCACACUUUACUCGAUCUCGACCUCGGCGAGGAUGAUGCCCCCCUCGAUCACGACAUUAGCAUUGAAGUCGGUCGAGAUGCCCCUCUUAUGCGACCUGUUGAGGAGGAUCUGUUCAGUGAAGAAGGAAAACUUAACGAUGUCGACUUGAACCUUGAUCUUGGUGAAGACGAUGCUCCGUUGGGAGAUAUGGACAUUGGCGAAGAUAGCCGCGACAAUAUUGACCAGUUCCUGAUGCCUGAUGACCCUAUGGACUUAGGUGAAGGUGAAUUUGAUGUGCCAGUUGAAGCCGAGACCGAAGCGCGAUCACCACAGCCAUCAGUUGACCGAUUCGCAUCUCCACAUGUCGACGCUGUGGCCGAUGAAGAAGACGUUGCGGAAGAACAUGAUGCUGCACAGGAAACUCAACGUGCAAAGCGACGAAAGAUUAUCGGCCAUGAUGCGGAUACCCAGUUGAGCUCGGCUGCGAUCAAGAAGCAUCAAGAAGACCAUGACGAUAUUCUCAAGCCCGUUUCUUUCCUGCCUCGUGAUCCAGUUCUUUUGACACUCAUGCAAAUGCAGAAGAAUGGUGACUUUGUGUCUAGUGUUCUUGGACUGGACCGUGGCCGUGGAUGGGCACCUGAGCUCCGAGAUAUGCUUUCCUUUGACACUGUCCGCAAGGCUGGUGAACUCAAGCGCAAGCGCGAUAGUGGUGUAUCAGAUAUGGAAAUUGAUGAGGCGAAUGUUCCCGCUCUGGAUCUUGGAGAAGAUGAAUCCGCUCUCAAUCUCGACGAAGGCAUCGGUCUUGAUACCACUCUUCAACAGGAUCAGAUUGAGUUAGGCAUCGAUAACGACCGACUGGGCAGUGACGAUGAAGGAUUACUUCCUGAUGACUUUGACGACACCAUCCACCCAACCGAGACUGGUCCAGUAUCUCUAGGCACUCAACAUGCUGUUCACCUCCUACGUGAACGGUUUGGAGGUUCUCAAGACGCAGAGGCAGCCACACCCCAGAAGAAGGGCGUCUUGUUCCAGAGCUUGUGCCCAGAAAAGGCCACGACGAAAGCUGACGCAACCAAGAUGUUCUUCGAGACACUCGUUCUCGCGACAAAGGAUGCUAUCAAAGUCGAGCAAAGCCACACCAACAUUGGCGGACCUCUUCGUAUUAAAGCUAAGCGUGGGCUUUGGGGUUCAUGGGCAGAGACCGAGGCCGGCGGCGAGAUAGCCGCUCAGCAGGAAGUUCAGGUCGCUGCUUAA